AUGGCCGAAAAACUACUAAAAGAUUACACGGCACUGUAUGCACGAGGGGUUUGGUCCAGCAUCACUCGACCACCCAUUGAAGCCAACAACUUUGAAAUCAAGCCCGCAGUAAUCCACAUGGUCCAGCAAAACCAAUUCGGAGGAGGACCACAUGAGGACCCAAACCACCACCUAGAGCUAUUUUACGAGAUCUAUGGCACUAUGAAGGUGAAUGGAGUCCCUCCAGAAUCAGUCAGACUACUUCUCUUCGGGUUUUCUCUGAAGGACAGAGCCAAGCAAUGGCUGAACUCACUUCCAGUGAACAACAUAUCAUCCUGGGAUCAGUCAGGAGGAGCACUGAUGAAUAAAAGCCUCGAUGAAGCCGAAGAGAUCAUAGAAAAUGUGGCACAGAACCACCAUCAAUGGGCAUCUGAAAGAUUCAGUGGCUCUUUUACUGGGAAUCCAAUUAAAGCGUAA